AUGAUACUAGUUGAGACCGUUACUGACACCAACGCGGUAUCUCCUCCUACAACUAGUCAAAUUGCUAGAAAAUCACUUCACAUGCCUGAUUCACUGCCUCUUUCCACUACAGAGGAAACAUCUACUGUUGCCACUUCCACAGCCGAAGCAACCUUUGAUAACGUGGAACUAUUGGGACAAAAGGCUUACUCAGUCAUCGCUGCUCCUGCACAGUCAGAAAGGAGUUUGUACCUAGCAUCAACGGAAUCAACAUCCCCAGAAUUUCCUUCCCUCUUAGCUUCUUUGUCGGCUGUAAGUUCUAGUCAUCUUUGUGCAAUAUCUUAA